CUGUUCUGUGUACAAGUCACAUGACUAAAUCUAUAAAUGCAAGUGUCUGUGAAAGUGAAAUGAAGACAGACAGAGACCGGGAGACAACACACACACAACAGGGAAUACGAGGGUGUAUAACAAAAGGUUUUGGCAGGAGACAACAGCUUGGGACAUCUUGUUACUGCAGUGUUAUCAGCUGUGGGUGAGACCCAUUUAUACCGGUACACUGAAUACUGCUUUUUUUUGGCUGGACAGGUUUGGUACAGGAUGAAUAAAGGAUGACUGUGUAUUGAUUUAAGACUGAUUGUCAACUGCAGUACUCUUAAUUUAAAAAAAUCCCAGUACUGGUAUAUUUGAAAAGGUUGUGUUAACACAUGAUUUGUUAACGGCAAUGUACCAGUAAAGACUGAUAAAAAGUUCAUUUUACACGUGCAUUAUUCGGAUACCAUUCUAAUCAUGGGAUAUCAUUAAAAUAUAUAUAUAUGAAAUAUAUGAGCACAUAAAUACACCAGUAAUUUGCAAAAUGGCAAAUGGCUCUGGUAAAACAACUAGAUAGCUAUCACUACUAAUAAUAACUUCUCUUGUCGGACAGUGGUAACAAUAUCAAUGAUUGUUAUAUUAAUUUGAAGGUCCACUGUGUAAUUUUUGGGAUGAUCUAUUGAAAGAAAUGCAAUAUAAUAUACAUAGCUAUGCCUUCAGAGGUGUAUAAAGAGCUUACACAAUGAAGCCUUAUGUUUUUAUUACCUUAGAAUGAGCUAUUUCUAUCUACAUACACUGCGGGUCCCCUUGCAUGUAAUUCGCCAUGUUCUGUCAGCCGUCGCAGUGUUUCGAAAGGGAGGGGGAGGGGUGGAGUGAACGGUUGGUAGCAAUUCGCAACCUUGCCACUAUAUUUUAAUGACUGGACCUUUAAACGAAAAACCUUAUUACAAAAAAUUGAAUUUACAUUUCCUAAAAUUCCCAAUGUGUCAACUUGUCCAAGUUUUCAAGGGGAAAACUGUAUAUGUUGAUGUUAUGUUUGCUUCUUGUACUUGCAGAGAAGUUCCUCAUCUCUUAUCACUUCAUCAUGACAUUCUUUCUUCCUGUGGUGGUACUGUGGCUGCUUUCUGGUGCUUCAGCUAAAGUUGUUACAACUUUUGAGAAUCAAUGUGAUGAAUUUUUUGUAGUCAAAAAAACACCAAUUAUCAUUCCCACGCCUGCUUUCCAAAAUAUCUGCCAAAUGCUAAAUGGUGUUGUCUAUUAUGCCACGCUUUAUGAUACCAGCAACAAGAUUCCUCUGUACUCAGCCUAUAAGUUUGAAGAGUUAAUAAAGUGUGAACGACCAAAUGCAUGGUACAUCGAACCUCAGCUUGAUGAUAAUAAUGCAGGAGCAAAUAUGGCAUUACAGUGCACUAAAGAUGGAGGCAAACAGGCUCUCAAUGAUGACUACGUCAACUCUAACUAUGACAAAGGCCAUCUUGCACCAGUCUACCAGGCAAGCUCAAACCAGUGUGCAAAAGCCACAUUCACACUCACCAAUGCUGCUCCACAAAACAAAUCUUUUAACAGAGGCCAAUGGAGAGUGACUGAAAAAAAUAUUGCAAACUAUCUGAACAAUAAUUGUAAACCAUACACUAAGUAUAUUGUUACUGGGGUGGUACCAGGAAAGCAAAUAAUAGGGAAAAGUGUGACUGUGCCUAGUCAUUUCUGGACUGUGUACUGCUGCUUAGACAACAAUAACAAAUGUCAAUUUUCACAAGGAUAUAUUGGUGUCAACAAGAAUGAUCCUGUCCAGCAAAUGAAUGUGUCUGCUUUAGAAAAACUGUUGGCAAACCUUUAUAACUUUACAUCUUUCCAGUUGUUUGCUAGUUCUACAAAACCCACAAGGAAAAGAAAAAUCAGAUUUUAAGUGUUCCAUUAUCUAUGCAAUUGUUAAAGUGUCAAUGAAAUGAAGUGCUUUACAGGAAUGCAAUGAUACAUUCAUAGAUUCUUUGAUUGAUGAAAAUUAUAUAAAAAGUAUGUGCAAACCUCUACUGUUGUAUGCACUUAGGCAAAAAGCUAAUACAAUUCUAUUAUAUUGUUAUAUUAUUAAUACUUUAUAUGUAUGAUUCACGUUCUUGCUUGCACUGUGGAUGAUUUCUCAAUGUAA